UCAUCGCGUCUGGGGCGCGGCCGCCGCCCGCCCGCGCACUUUUGAAAUGGCAGGAGAGCUGCGGGGAGGAGGACUCUCGGGGUCUGGAGUCAUGCUGCCAGCCAGCCCCGCCUGGGCGCCCCAGGAGGACCCGGCGUCCCGGCAGGAAGGUUUAUUACAGGAUGCAGAUCCUCAUACCCAGUCAGGUGCUAUUGGAAAAACUCUUGUGCCGGAAGGAAAAAUUAUUUUUCCACAGAUCAUCCAAACAAAUGAACUUUUGUUUUAUGAGAGAUUCAGAGCCUAUCAAGAUUACAUUUUGGCUGACUGCAAGGCCUCUGAGGUGAAGGAGUUCACAGUCAGCUUCUUGGAACAGGCCCUUGAGCCGUCUGGAUGGUGGGCAGUCUGGCACACUAACGUGUUUGAGGUGCUGGUCGAGGUCACAAACGUGGACUUUUCAGCCUUGAAGGCCGUGGUGAGACUCGCAGAGCCGAGUAUCUAUGAAUCUAAGUUGAGCACUUUUACCUUGGAGAAUGUGAAGGAGCUUUUGGACCUGAAGGAGUUCCAGCUGCCUCUGCAGGAGCUCUGGGUGGUGGCCGAUGACUCCCAUGAAUGUCACCAGACAGCACUUGCAAUUGAGCAUGUCAGGUUUUUCUACAAAAACAUCUGGAGGAGUUGGGAUGAAGAAGAGGAGGAUGAGUAUGACUAUUUUGUCAGAUGUGUUGAACCUCGAUUGAGACUGUAUUAUGAUAUACUUGAAGAUCGAGUUCCCUCAGGACUUAUUGUUGACUACCACAAUCUGUUGUCUCAAUGUGAAGAGAGUUACAGGAAAUUUUUAAAUCUGAGAAGUAGUUUGUCAAAUUGUAAUUCUGAUUCUGAGCAGGAAAAUAUCUCCAUGGUGGAAGGGUUAAAUUUGUAUUCGGAGAUUGAACAGUUGAAACAGAAGCUAAAACUCAUUGAGAAUCCUUUGUUGAGAUAUGUUUUUGGUUAUCAGAAGAACUCUAAUAACCAAGCCAAGGGCACUCGUCAAAAUGGCCAGAAGGUUACCCAUGUAGUUUCCUCCACCAUGAAGACAAGUCUACUGCGGUCUCUAUUUAGGGACAGGUUUUGUGAGGAGUCUGGCAAAGAAGAAACAGAAAUUCAGUUCCAUAGUGAUCUGUUGUCUGCGGUAAAUGCCUGCCAUGAGGGUGACACUGUCAUUAUUUGUCCUGGCCAUUAUGUGGUUCACGGCACCUGCUCCAUAGCGGACUCCAUUGAGUUGGAAGGAUACGGCCCGCCAGAUGAUAUCGUCAUAGAAAAGGAGGGCAAAGGAGACACUUUUGUGGAUUGCACGGGUGUGGAUGUUAGAAUCUCAAGCAUCAAAUUUAUUCAGCACGAUUCUGUAGAAGGAAUCUUAGUCAUUCACCAUGGCAAGACCACCCUGGAGAACUGUGUACUGCAGUGUGAGACCACAGGGGUUACAGUGCGUACCUCAGCAGAGCUUGUGAUGAAGAACUCAGACAUCUAUGGGGCCAAGGGUGCUGGUAUAGAAAUAUAUCCUGGGAGUAAGUGUACCCUGACUGACAAUGAGAUCCAUCACUGCAAGGAAGGAAUCCUCAUCAAGGACUUCCUUGAUGAGCAUUAUGACAUCCCCAAAGUCUCUAUGAUAAACAACACCGUACAUAACAACGAAGGGUAUGGUGUUGUUUUGGUGAAGCCUACAAUUUUCUGUGAUCUACAGGAAAAUGCCCGAGCUGUGACUGGUGACAACACAAUUCAGAAAACUAGAGAGAUGGACGCCACUGAAGGAUUAGAUCUGGAAGAAAUGCUUCAGUGUGUCGCUAACAAAAUGGAGCCUCCUGCCACGGCUGACUUUUCUGAACAAGCUAAGGGAAACUGUGAAAUUAUCAGUGAACUGCUUGCCGCUUCCAUGCAAAAAGGCCGUGUGAAGAAACGAUUGAGCGAACUCGGGAUCAUGCAAGCUGAUGACAACAUAAUGUCACAGGAGAUGUUCAUCGAAAUUAUGGGAAACCAGUUUAAGUGGAAUGGCAAAGGCAGUUUUGGCACUUUUCUCUACUAGCUACAGUGACAUCAGUAGCUCACAAAAUACUGUGUUUUGGACAUGUCCUGAGGGCCAUGCUGCAUGUGUUGUUUACUUCAUUUGCUUCGUAGCUGUAUAUUAUAUAAUACACACUUGACUGUGCUGCA